CCCACAUCAAAGUUCAGCUUUGAAUUCUUAGUCCUACAAAACGACUCAACGCAGCAUUUCCCCACAGCACAUGGUAAAGAUGUGGGUGAUCGCUGUCAUUUCUGCGGCCUGUCUGCUGGCCAGUCCAUCGCUGGCUGGAGUCAAAGAGCUCAGUAUUCACUUCAGUGACCCUGAUCCCAACCCCCGGGGCUUAGAACCAGGUGCUGCCGUGGACGUAGAGGCCAUUCCCUUGGACUACCACAAAGAAAACACCGUCACUAAUGACCUCAUUUUUGAUGGCUUUGAGGAUGAAGAUUAUAUUGAUUUUGAUAAGAUUCUGGCCGCUGGCAGUGAUGAUUACAUAGAGGGGGAUGAGAUUGAUGAGAUUGCCACACCAGCCCCAGACAUAGAUAUCUUUGCUGAACCUACUGACCCAAAGAUUCGCCGGGCUAGACUUCUGCGGCUCUUCCACGGUCGAUCUCGCCUCCAACGCAUCAACAUCGUGAAUGCCCGCUUUGGUUUUAACCUUUACCGAAGUCUUCGGAACGAUGUAAACCAGAGUGACAACAUCCUGCUAGCACCUGCUGGGAUCUCCAUCGCCAUGGGGAUGAUGGCUUUGGCGGCCGGGCCUGGAACUCACGAUCAGAUCUACAACGCUCUAGGAUUCGCCGAGUUCGUUAAUGCUAGCCAUCACUAUGACAACACGACGGUGCACAAGCUGUUCAGGAAACUGACGCACAGGCUCUUCAGGAGGAACUUUGGUUACACUCUCCGCUCUGUAAAUGAUGUCUACCUCAAAAAAGACGUCUCUGUGAAAGAAACCUUCCGUGCGGAGACAAAAGCUUUUUAUUUUGCAGAGCCACAGUCAGUAGACUUCAGAGAUCCUGCGUUCCUUAACAAGGCCAACCGUCGCAUACAAAAACUGACCAAAGGGCUGAUCAAAGAUCCACUUAAGAGUGUGGAUCCAAACAUGGUGCUGAUGCUACUUAACUACCUGUACUUCAAAGGAACGUGGGAACAGAAAUUCCCUAAAGAAAUGACUUACUACCGCGCCUUCAGAGUUAAUGAGAAGACAAACGUGCGCGUGCCGAUGAUGACCAACAAGGGGAACUAUCUAGCUGCUGCCGACCACGAACUGGACUGCGACAUCCUUCAACUCCCAUACACAGGAAACAUCAGCAUGCUCAUUGCCCUGCCGAGGAAAAUCACUGGCAUGAGGAACUUGGAGCAGGAGAUCUCACCGACUGUUGUCGACAAGUGGCUCAAAAACAUGACAAACAGGACUCGUGAGAUCACAUUACCCAAGUUUAAACUGGAGCAAAACUACGACCUGAUUGUAAAUUUGAAGGAGAUGGGCCUCACUGACAUAUUUCAGGAGACUGGAGAUUUUACUAGAAUGACCUCAGAAAAAGUUUCCAUGAACUGGCUGAAGCACCAGGGAACCAUAACGGUGAACGAGGAGGGGACUGAAGCUGCUGCUUUGACCCAAGUGGGCUUCAUGCCUCUCUCCUCUCAGAUCCGCUUCACCGUGGAUCAUCCCUUCCUCUUCCUGAUCUACGAGCAUCGCACAGAUUGCCUCGUGUUCAUGGGCCGAGUGGUCAACCCCACACAGAGCUAAACAGCUCAACUAUCUGUGGCAAGUUAAAGGUCUAGUUAUUCAAGUCCAGCUUAAGCGUUAUGGUACAUCACACACAGAAGUGUUUUUAAAGUUGAGGAAUCUUUUUGUGUAUUUAGAUAUUAAAAUGUUGAGUCUGUCAGAGACUCAUUGAAACAUUAUUAUUUGUCUGUUAAUGUUUUAUCAUUUGCAACAAGGCUAGUGGAGAACUUUGCUAAAGAAACAAAAACAUUAUGCAAUCAUUGUAAAUCUAAUUCUGUACUGAUCAUUUAAAAUAAAAUAACAGACAAAAAUUGUAUCAAUAAAACUAAAAUUUGCUA